GAUACGUUUUCUCUUCUCCUCGAGAAGUGGCGUUAGAAUGUAAUCAAAUUAUUAUUGUAGAAGGUACUCGACUAAAUGAACUGUGUUGUUGCGCUUUAGGUGAUUGUGAAGUAAAAGUGCCACCAAGAAAGUAUUUUAAAUAGUUACCUACAAAUUAACGAGUGUUCAAUAAAAUUGAAAAAAUGCCAACGGUUAAGCGUGACUACAGUAACGAAGAACUUGAGAAGUGGUUGGACAGGGAUUUUACCAGUGUGUUUAGAUCGGGGUAUGUAAAUGUGAAAGGGGUAACAAUGCCGAGGAGGUUUGAGGAAUUGCAAAGUGAUAUUUUUAAUUGGAAUGUGAGUGAGAGGGACGUUUGGAUAUGCAGCUUUCCAAAAACAGGAACCACUUGGACGCAAGAAAUGGUCUGGAUGAUCAUGAAUAACUUGGACAUCAUAAAAGGUCAGGAAAAUUUGGGCAUUCGAUCGCCAUUUUUGGAAGUCACUGCUCUAUUCGACUACAGGAAAUUUCAAAAGGAGAAUACGGAUUUCCAACCUCCCCCAUUUAUUGAAGACUCUUUGAAAUUUGUAAGAGAGAAAAGCCAGAAAGGUUCUUUAUGCCUGAAAACUCACUUGCCCUGGGUGCUGCUACCCCAAGAAAUACAAAACAAUACAAAACAACCAAAGAUUAUAUACGUUACUAGAAAUCCAAAAGACACAUGUAUUUCAUAUUAUAACCAUUCAAGAUUAAUGGAAGGAUACAGAGGGAGUUUUGAAGAAUUUUGUCAGCUAUUUUUGUCCGGAAAACUAACCUUCGCACCAUAUUGGAAUCACGUCCUGCCAUUUUGGGAGAAGCGAAACCAGCCAAAUAUUUUAUUCUUAAAAUACGAAAAGAUGAUCCAGGACCUGCCUUCCAUAAUAAAAGAAGUCGCCGACUUUCUGGAAACACCCCUCACCCCCGAACAAAUCACCACCUUAUCUGAUCACCUGAGUUUCGAAAGUAUGAAGAAAAAUCCAGCGGUUAACUACGAAAUGAUUGUGAGCUUGAAUAGAAAGUUUAAACUUAUAGAAUGUGAUGGUACGUUUAUGAGGUCGGGAAAAGUAGGGGAUUAUAAGGCGAAGAUGUCUCCUGAGAUUAUACAGGCCUUUGACGAAUGGACGGCAGAAAAUGUACAAGGCACAGAUUUUUCGUUCUAGUUUGUUUUGAUGUUAAAAUAUGUUAUAAGUGAAAUUAUAAAAUAUGUUUUAUAAUAAAAUAUAAAAGAAAAUAAUAGGUUUUGAUAUUAUAUCUGAGAAUUAAAAAAAAUUAUAUAGAAGUGAUCUUGAAAUCUUCAUAUUAAACUAUUCUAAUAAGUUCCAAAUGUAUAUAUCAAUAAAGAUAAGGGAUACAUU